UGAGUCGGUGGCCAGGAGUUUGCAGCAUACCAAAGCCAGCGCACUGGGUGCCCUUAACUGUGCUGAACUGCUUAUAAUGCGCAUGGAUGCCCUUCGGAAUGAUCCAGUAUCAGAUACAAUGCUACAAACUGUAUCCACAGCGGGUCUUGAAAUGCCAGGAGAGCGCAGGGUGGCAAAAACACCAGGCCGUUUUCGACAUGCAGCCGGGCCAGAGGAAGAUGCACAAGUUGCGCAGCACACAUGGAGACGAGAAUUCUACGAAGCUGUGGACUUGGUCACAGCAGAAAUAAAAAGAAGAUUUGAUCAAGAAGGUAUGAAAACAGCAGCUCUCAGAGAAAGUGUGCUUAUAAAGGCAGCAAACAAGGAACAAAAAGUGGAUAUUGAUUCCCUUCACCUUCCGUUGCACUUUGAUAAAGCCCGACUGGAGAUUCAGCUGAAAAUGAUGGGAGACCUCUGCACCGAUUCUCCCAAGACAGUUAGAGACUUAGCUACAAACAUAUCCAAUCUCCAUCCACAAACAAGGGCUCUUUUUAACUAAGUCGAAAACCUUAUUAAGCUCUGCUUAAGUCUCCCUAUUUCAGCUGCUUCAUCGGAGAGAACAUUUUCCGCUCUCCGCCGUCUGAAAACAUGGUUACGCACAACCAUGACGCAAAAAAGACUGACCCACCUUGCCCUGAUGCAUGUUCAUGGAGAUAUACUGGAUAGUUUGGACAUUAACGUACUAAUGCGGGACUUCAUCAGCAUCAACCCAGAAAGAAAGGCCACAUUUGGGGUUUUGCAUGCAGGCCGGUAAGGUCAGAUGACAUCGUUCAUCGGAGGAAACUCUUGUGCAGCUGGCGUACCGAGGGAUCAGAUCGCCUCGUUGUUCGUGGGGGAUCUUCAUCCAGAAGUGUCCGAGUUCAUCCUCCAUCAGACGUUCAGCCCGUUCGGUCCGAUCCAGUCCGUGCGGGUCUGCAGAGACAGGGCGACUUGGCGAUCCCUGCGGUAUGGUUAUGUUAACUUUGUUAACCUCGCCAGUGGUAAGUUAUCUCUCCAUUCUUCACCUUAACGUCUUGCUAAUAAACAUUUUGAAUUUGUAAUUUACAGUCCUGUGUCUUUUUCUCUUUGAUGUUUCCCCCCCCUUUAAAUCAUCUUUAAAUUAAGCUGUAUGAAGUGUGCCAUAUAAAUAAACUUGCUACGUCUUGUCUCUUAUAAACUCUCGUCUUUCAGCUGAGAGUGCGAUGGACGCCCUGAUGUGUCAGGAUCUUCUGGGCAGACCCAUGCGAAUCAUGUUCUCCCAGCGUGAUUCCACUCUGAGGACGACUGGGGUCGGGAACGUCUUCAUCAAGGGUCUGGCCAGCAGCAUCGAUGGUGCUUGCCUUUAUGACAGCUUCUCGCGUUUUGGGAAGAUCCUGUCCUGCAAGGUGGUCUGUGAUGCAAAUGGAUCCAAAGGUUAUGGAUUCGUCCACUUUGCCACCUUUGAAGCGGCAGAGAAGGCCAUCAAAGCGCUUGAUGGCAUGUUGUUGGACGACCAGCUAGUGUCCAUUGGCCACUUUAAGACCUUUGAAGAGCGUCAUGUUGAGCCGAAGGUCAUGGCUCAGGACAACGAGAGGCACUACCCGGGGCUGAGUCUGUACGUGUGUAACAUGCCCUAUAGCUUCAGUGAGCAGCAGCUGUACAGAGCGUUCUCACCCUUUGGAAGCAUCAUCAGUGCCAAGUUGAUGAUGGAGGCCGGACGCAGCAGAGGGUUUGGAUUUGUCAGCUUCUUCACCCUCGAAGAUGCGACUACUGCCGCGACGGUCAUGAACGGGCGUAUGGUUGCCGGCAGGGCGUUGCGGGUCACUCUGUCUCGCCACAAUGAGCAGAAGACCCAGCCUGAGAAGCAGGACAGCAGCAGUGAAUCACUUCCUGCUGGACAGUUCACGUCUGCUGUUCCUCAAGUUCAAAACGCCUUGAAGUUCACCCUGAAAACCAGCUGGCGCUCCAGCCCGUCAGUCAACAGGCAGCAGCGUUUGUCCUCGCUCAGAGUCAGUAGCCUCUUUAUAUCUUUCUCAGCCUGUGAGAGUCUCUGCCCACUGAUGCCUGUCGUCCUGUUGGAUGCUGUUCAUACUCAGCCUCCGCGCCUGCUGGUUUCUCAGGUCAUUCUGGAUUACUGGGCAUUCCAGCAGAUCUAUUUUCCAGCCAUUCAUUUCGCAUCGGCGUGGCAACCACGGCCGCCCAAAAGGGCCUCUCACAGUUCCAGAUCCAAGCGCUCGGCCGUUGGUCUUCAGACGCUUUCAAAAGUUACAUCCGGACUGACCGCGCCCUCAUCAGGGAAGCACACAGGACCCUUGUCACCCGAAUCAUUUAGCAUCAAUCAUCAACCUUCUAACAAGCUUCCCCAGCAAGCAAGCAACAGCAUCGCUACACCACUCAAACUCAGAGAAGCCCGGCUUCCAUAUCGCGCUCGGCCGCAGCAGAACGUCUUCCCUUCCCCCAAAUAG